CAAUAUUAUGGGCACACACCCUACAGAGACCGGCAAGUAUGUGAAAGAAUUGCAGCCUCCACUGAACAGCAAGUGUUCCCGUAUUCCACUAGCGCCCCCGAAGAUCUGAAUAAAAUCCUGCCGCAAGAAAAAAAAUCCUAAAGCUGCCCAGCGUAACCCUCUACUCAAGGGAAUCCCUGACUACAUUUUGAAGAAGGCGCCGAAUACGCGCCGAAUAUCACGUGACGGAGACGUUCCCCGAGAUUUCGCGUGUUCGUGACGUCACACUACGCCGCUUAUCAACUGAGAACUAGCAGCUACCGAAAGAAGAUAUUGACAUCCUAGUUACAGUUCCAACUUGAAGUGUGCGGCGGGAGGCCAGUAUUACGAAAAAUGAUCAUCAGGCCAAUGAUCAGAAGUUUCCAUUCCUUGUUUGCUUUACGCAUCAUACCAGCCAGAUAUGAAAGUUCUGUAAAAGAAGGUGUCAUUUUGCAAUCUACAUCGAACAACGUUUAUGAAAACUUAGCUAUUGAAGACUGGAUUCAUGAUCAAAUGAACCUAGAAAACAAGAAUGUUCUGUUUAUCUGGAGGAAUGCGCCAGCUGUGGUUAUAGGAAGGCACCAAAAUCCUUGGCGAGAAUGCAAUCUUCCUUUAAUGAGAGAGAGGGGCAUCUGUUUAGCAAGAAGACGCAGUGGAGGUGGAACUGUGUAUCAUGAUCUUGGCAACAUAAACUUAACAUUUUUCACAUCAAGGAAAAGAUAUGAUAGAAUGAAAAACUUAGAGUUAGUUAUCAGGGCACUUAAAGCUCUGCAGCAUCAAGUGGAUGUCCAAGCAACCAGUAGAUUUGAUCUGCUCUUAGAUAAGAAGUUUAAAAUAUCAGGGACAGCAGCAAAACUGGGAAGGACUGUUGCUUACCACCACUGUACUUUACUGUGUUCUGCAAAUAGUUCUCUCCUACCAAUUGUGUUGCAAAGCCCUUACCAUGGUAUAGAAAGUAAUGCUACUCCUAGUGUGCCUUCACUGGUAAAAAAUCUGUCUGACGCAGAUUCUUCAUUGAACUGUGAAUCCAUCAUGGAUGUGGUAGCAUCUGAAUACUCUGCACAUUACAAUAAUAAGCCUCAUGUUCACUUAAUAGACCCAAAGGAUGAAUCACUCUUUCCUGGGAUUAGUCAGAAAAAAAGGGAUCUGUGCACUUGGGAAUGGAUUUAUGGAAAAACUCCAAAAUUUUCGCUUAAAACAACAUUUCAGAUAUUGUACAGAAAUUCCAUAGUUGAUAUCAAACUAAGUAUGCAAAUAAAAAAUGGAUAUAUAGAGGAAUGUUCCCUAGAGUUCCCUAACUACUGGCUCUCCAAAGACCUCUCUAAUGAUCUGCAAAGUGCCUUGGUGGGCUGUAAAUUUUGUCCUACUGAAACAGCUUUUUUAUUAAGUACCUUGUUAAGGACCUAUCCUCAAGAUGAUGAUGUGCAUACAAAGUGCAAUGUAUUGUGCGAGAAGCUUGUUUCUAUAAUGUGAUUUUACUACUGUGACAGAAACAUUUUGUUCCUGUUAGUGGCCAGUGAUUGUUGUUUUCAGGAAUCUGAAAAAUUUAAUAAAAUACCUUCUAAACUGUAA